UAUUGAAAUUGACUUUCGCACCGCGAUUUAUCUUGUACUUCCGUGAAAACGGAGAUCCGUUUUAGUCAUGUCGGUUGAACAGUCCAGUUCCAAGAGGAAAAUAUCAUUUUAAGGUCAUGACUCCAGUCCUGCCUCCAGACUAUGAAGAAACUGACAUCUUUAAUGUACAUUCUGCAAUUGAUCCAGACUUAUGAUGCAGUUACAGUGCCCCGGUCUCCAGUGACGUCACCGCCCGGCAGCGAUGUCACUCUCAGCUGCUCUUUCUCCUAUAAAGCGGGGGCUGAUCUCACCAGAGUGGUGGUUACCUGGGUACGCCCUCCUGCCGAUCAUGUCGUCCACAGUUUCUAUUACGGUCGAGACCAGCUGGCUCUGCAGAAUGAAACCUACAGGAGUCGGACCCAGCUGUUCCCAGAGCAGCUCAGUGUGGGGAACGCCUCCCUCAGACUGAAGCAGGUGCGGGGGGAGGAUGAGGGCUGGUACACCUGCGCUGUCACCAACCAAGUGGAGAACACCAAGGGAGACGUGCGGCUCAUAGUGGCAGCUGAAUUCAGCGAGCCUCGGCUGGUCAUUACUGACCGUCCGGACAGUCCAGACAAGGCUCUCCUGAGCUGUAUCUCCACAGGAUACCCCAGCGCUUCAGUGAAGUGGCUGAAUGAGUCAGGAUAUGACAUCACAGAGAGCAGCAGGACUAGCCAAUUCCUGGCCAGGGAUGGGCUGGUGGAAAUCACAAGUCACAUUCUAUUGUCCAGGGAUGCUAAUUAUACCUGUGUUCUUACCCACAACCGACUGAAACAAACCCUCAAGAAGACGAUCACCUUAACAAAGAAGGAUUUUUCAUCCAGAAGUAGCAUUAUGUGGGUGGUGUCGUCUUUGUUGACAGUGGUAUUGGUAACAUUAAUAACCAUUGCAAUCUACCUGCUUUUCAAGCACCGCCGUGGUACCAGCACACCAACAGAUACAGCGUGUGUGCGUGCGUGUAGGUAGGAGAGAGGGGAACCAAGAUGGAAAUAAAAAGAAAAUAAAAGGUAAACCUUGUACUUGAUGAUAAUGAUGAUGAUGUUGGGAGUAAUGUUUACCGAUGUCCCUUCCUCGCACGCACCGGCGUUUUGUGUUCUGUGUUUUGUUUUAAAAUCGGUUGUUUUUAUUUUCGGAUGCUCUUAUUGUGAUUUUACAAAACCCUUGUUUGUUUGUUUGAUUUUUUUGCACACAGCACCUACAUGCUUUUGUAAUGACCUGCUGCCAGCUCUUUUAAUUCUGUGCAAUAAAACAAUAUUUUAAUUA